AUGGUGAUCCUAGGCUUGCUGACUGGACACUGGGGGGCCUGUGGCAUUGGCCUCAUAAUUUUCGUGGUGGGGAACAAUGCGCGCUGCUCACUCCAAGUGUCGGAGCUGACGUGCUACGUGGCGCUGAGUGGCUGCGCUGGGAGCCUCGAUGCCUUGGACUUCCUCCAACGGCUGCUCCAAGGUCACUACAUCACUUUCGCUUUUCCUUUCGCAGAUAAUCUGGCGCUGAACUUGGAGGUCUUCAGCGUGUGGAUGGCGCCAGUGGCAGAGAUCCUGGGAGCGCGAACUGCUUGGGGCUGCUACCUGAACCCUUCAAUGCUCUUCGAGACGCCCAGCUCGCAAGUGAUGUCGAUGAGCAGUCAGUAUGCACAGCCCAUGUUUCAUCCUGGCCAACUGGCGGCAGCGCAUUUCCGCACUAUGCCCUCACGCCCGCCUGAUCCAAUGCGAACACGAAUGCCUGGCGGUGUCUGGGGUGAGAUGGCUUCAAUGAUGCCCGGGUGGCCGGGCGCUAUGGCUAUGGAUGUGGGGCGAAUGCAGCCUUUCGGCAGCAGCAGCACAGAAGAGCAGCGAGUGCAGAUCUAUGGCUUGGAUACGGAGGGCUAUGCAUCCUCCUCACGGGAUCGACCCCAUGGGUUUCACUCCAACAAGCGUCGGAACGACAUCGACGUUCUCUGCACGGGCUGUGGAGAUGCAGUACCUGCAGGAGAAGGGUGGCUGGGCACGGGUGUUUUCCACGGCCAAGUCUACUGCUCGUCCUGUUGGGCCAAGUGGACGGCGCCUUGA